AUGGACCUUCUGAUGGGCGCUGACCUGGCCCUCUACCUGGGGGCCCCCUGGGCCGAAGCUGGGGCUUUUGAGGGGCCCCCCAUUUAUGAGCUGCAGCAGCACGGGGGGCCCCGUGCUGCUGCUGCUGAGCGGCUGCUGCCGGGGGAAAGGCCUGCAGCAGCAGCAGCAGAAGAGGUGCUGCUGCCGUUCGAAGCAGCAGCAGAAGACUGUGCUGCCUUCUUGGGGCUGCCGGGCCAUGGGCCCACCCUCAGCCGCUCCUGCUGCUGGUUUGCUGCUGCUGCAGCAGCAGCAGCACAAUUCAUUUAUAUGUGCAUAGAUGGGUCUUUGGCUUUCUUAUCUAUGGGGGGCCUCGCGCUGCUCUGCGGCCAGCGGCUUCCUGCAGGUUUGCUGCUGUCGGGGGCCCCCCUCUUUGCUGCUACCUGUGCCCUAUCCGAGGCCCUUCUUGCUGCAGCAAAGCAGCUGCUGUUCUCGCUGCUGCUGGAAGCAGAGCGCAGCGGGGCCCUUGGGGGCCCCCUGGAGGCCCCCCUGAGCUAG